UUGAAACGGUUUGGUUCAAACUUCGCCGGCCGGUCCGCAAAUCUCAAAGCAACAGAAGAUCAGAAGAUUUCGUGGCGUUUGGUUGUUUAUAUGAUUCGUGUUAUAUUUUGACAAUUUAUCCUAAAUUUCGGUUGUGCGACUUCGACAUUUUUUUAGUCAAGAUGAUGAAGUACGUUAUUAUUAUCCCGCAGUCAAAUUUCGCGACUAGUACUCCUAUUCAGCGAAAAAAUACUUCAUACACGGCGGCGUACUGGUCGGGGGGAUCCUCUGGGAUAGAGUCACCAACCGCGCAAUUUUUUCCUUUGCACAAAAGUUUAGAAGACGAGAUAAAUCGUCUUUUUGCAGAAACUAAUCUGACGCUAAAUCUUGGUGAUGAAACAGAAGAAAAAAACGAAAAUGAUAUAAUGGAGGAUUUCAAGAAUAAUGGAAAAGAUACUGAGUAUCUUCCUCCAGAAGAAGAAGUGCAGAAACCACUGAUUUCUAGGAGGAGAAAGAAUAAGAAACCUUUGCCAACAGAAUGCGUAUUCUGUAAGAAUAAUGGUGAGACCACGGAAACAUACAAAGGUCAUAUUUUAAAAGACGCCGAUGGAAAAGUCAAGUGUCCGAUUCUAAGGAAGUAUCAAUGCCCUAUUUGUGGGGUGAUGGGUGAUAAUUCGCACACCCGCAAAUACUGUCCUCAGAAUACGGACAAAGAAAGCGUACCAGUGGCAAAUACGCUAAAAGGGCUGAGGAAUGCGACGGGGAAACGUCGGUCCAAAUAGAUCACCAUUCACGUAGUGAUCAAUGCUUAAAAAGCUUUAUAAAGUUUAUUACAGUUUAUUAAUGCUAUGUAUAUUAAGUUUUUUAAACGAAUUCCGAGCUCACAUCGAAAAAGAAUUAUUGAUUGAAGAUUAAGUCGAUGUAAUAUUUUCGUAAAUGCAAGAGUUUUUUAUAUUUAAAAACGUUCCAGAGUUGUUUAAAAAGUUAAUUUUUGAUUUGCUUUCAUCUGCUUUCUAGAAGCAGGAGCAUAACUAAAAACUUACAACAUAUUCGGCGCUCGCACUGUUUUAGAAAAAUAGAAAUCCUUGUAAAUUGAGUUCGAAAUUACGUAGAUUAAGAACAUUUUACUGUCAUCCUGAUGCUUUACUGUAUAUUAUAGUGUUUAUAUGUACAUAAUUUAAGACAGUAAUUUACCGUGAAAUUUUUUUGAUAAAUUUAUAUAGACGAGUUACCAAAAAAAUCGAUUUGACAUUAUGCAACAAAAUCGCACGACGUGGAUCAUGAGUGUUACAAAUGUUUUCGACAAGGCCUUACAGUUUAAUAGAUUAUGAAAUAGUUACAGAUUCUUUGUUUAAAAACAAAAUCAUAAGUUUCCCCAUCAAUCAAGGCAGACCAAAUUCUAAUAGCAUACAAGAAGACACAUUUGCACAAUAUAAUGAAGAAAUUGUCAAUCAAUGCAUAACUGUAUAAUAAUCAUCAGCUUGCGAUUGCAAAUUAAACAAUUUGUUGAAAAUCGUGACAUUUAAAAACAAUAUGGAAAAUUAAAUCUAAUCUUUAAAGUUCUUUUUUACGAACUUUUAAUUUAAAUUUUCUUGUUGAAAAGCAACAUCUUUUUUGGGUUCAAAAUUCACACAGAACUAACAUUAUCUUUAAUGUGCAGAAAAAAAAUAGAAAAUUGUAAAUAACAUUAUAAAUAUUCUGUUUUCUUGUUUUUUUUUUUUUGCAAUCGCAAGCUCUUUUUUUUAUACCAUUUCCGUAUUAAAUCAUGUUAUUCCAAUUCCGACUACUGUUAAAAAUUAAAUCAUGUAUAAUUAUUUCUGCAAGAGUCUAUAUUUCCACAUUUAUUACAUAUAUAUAUAAAUUCAAAAAGUCAAAUUUCGAAUAUUUCAAAUAGUCACGCGUGCAUAAAUUUCAAUACACAGUGAACUUAAUUUUUUUUUCAGACUUCCAUUUUAAUUAAUGUGUAAAUAAAGACUUAUGCAGAGAACGAAAAUAGACAAUCAUGUGCUGGUGCCCUCAAUUAACAAUCCGAUUAAUCAAUCAUCCCCACAAAAUGCAUUAAAUUUGAAAGAAGCAAAUCAGCCUUCGUUUCGGGUUGUCGGCCUUUCUAAAAAUGAAGUUUGUUUUAAAAAUGGGGACCCUAAAUCUGGGAAAAGUAACCUCCACAUUUUUUGUCUUUCCUUUUAAAAUUUGUAUGCGUUUUGUAAGCCAUUUUAAAAAGCAUGUAUCCCGUAAGUUUCAAAUUUCUUUCGUUCAGUUGUGAGUUACCAGAGAAGUGAAAGAUUUAUGGCACUUGAGAAAUUGUCUGUAGUCGCUGGGUUGCGGCUUAAAUACGCCGGAGGUCAUCGGGACAAAGGAUUAUGCCGUUAGUGGUGUUCUUCGUUUGUUUACAUUUUAAAAUCUGAACCGAAGGAUUCGAUUCCUUCGACGAAUUCGAGCACAUCCACACUUUUUCUGCCGAUAGUAUUUUUCUGGUGUGUCAUAAUUCUUCUUCAUAGUUCUCAAAACUCUAUAAUUCGAAAACGAAUACACAAUAUCACGUCCGUGUAAACAAAAAAAACGGUGUCUUAAGAAUUAUCCGAACGUGUUUCGUUCUGUAUUUUUGUAUCCAUUUAAUAUGAUACGUACUACCAUAAGCUAUUACUGAUAU